CAGUAUUCUGAAUACUGACUACAAAACGGAUUAAGUCCUUUGGAUGUCAGGAUGGGCGGACAAAGAAGAAGAAGAAGAGAAAAUCAGACAAGUUCUGCAGACAGAGGACAGUGGGCCAGUAAAACAGAAUAUAUUCUGGUUGUUGCAGGAAAUGUGGUCGGCCUGGGCAACGUGUGGAGAUUUCCUUACCUUUGCUACAAGAACGGUGGAGGGGCCUUUCUGGUGCCAUACUGUCUGUUUGCUGUGGUGUGUGGGAUACCUCUGUUCCUGUUGGAGACUUCAGUUGGUCAGUUUACCCAGGAAGGAUUCAUCACUUCUUGGAGGAAGUUGUGUCCACUGGCACAGGGAAUUGGACAUGGAUAUUUCAUUAUGAAACUUUACGACUUCAGCUACAUUUUAGUCCAAGUCUGGGCUCUCUUCUACCUGGUGUUCUCAUUUAGAUCCCAGCUGCCUUGGGCCAGCUGUAACAACACCUGGAACACGGCUAACUGCCUUGGUCUUCAGACUCUAAAUUCCUCUAAUGUGACUGCAAAUCAGACCAACACCACCUCUGCUGCAACUGAGUUCUGGGAGCGGCGUGUGCUGGGCAUGUCUGGGGGCAUUGAGGAGCUGGGCAGUGUCAGAUGGGAGCUGGCUUUGUGUCUUCUGGCCUGCUGGGUGAUCUGCUACUUCAGCAUAUGGAAAGGUGUCAGAUCCUCUGGAAAGGUGGCGUAUUUCACAGCUACAUUCCCCUAUGUGAUGCUACUGGUCCUACUCAUCAGGGGCCUGACUCUACCUGGAGCUUGGGACGGGAUUUACUUUUACCUGUAUCCAGACCUGAACCGCCUGGCUAACCUUCAGGUCUGGCUCGAGGCAGGAUCCCAAAUAUUCUUCUCCUAUAGCUUGACUACAGGGACUCUGCAUGUUCUGGGCAGCUAUAAUGACUACAACAACAAUUGUUACAAGUAAUGCUUUUGGCUUUGA